UAAGAAACACAGGAACAGACGGAAUGUGACAUACCAGAAAUGUAUCCCCUGCUGGAGCACAAGGCCGUAGGAGGGAGGGACGAUGGGGCAGGGGCAGAGGGGCUGAAUGGGGCGUGGAGGGGGCAGGCCCUCGGCCUCUUUGCACCCGGCAGAGUGACGAGUUUCGCCGGUGUCUUCAUUGAAGUCCUGUUGGUCCCUACUGGCACAUCACAUACUCCUGGAAGCAUGAUCUUCACUCCCUUCCUUCCACCUGCUGACCUGUCUGUCUUUCAGAAUGUGAAAGGGCUGCAAAAAGACCCUGAGGAAUGGGUGGCUGUGUCUGACACCACGAAAGACCCAUCUGGUGGCACAGGCUUGCCCAGGGAACCUGCUCUUCUGCGAGGGUCUUGGAGGAGCCGGUUCCAGAGAGCCCUGGCAUGUUUCACCAAGUGUUUCAGGGGAGGACACCGGGCACUCGGAAUCUGA